AUGGCGGCUUCAACGUUCAACGACGAGUACAGAGGCUUCCCAGAGGAAAUACUGGACGGCAUUUGCAAGGCGCUUCACGAUAAGAACGACGAUGACACUCUCGCUUCCUUGAGACUGUGCACCAAGAAGCUCAAGCUGAUUACAGAGCCAUAUCUAUUCUCGCGCAUCUACCUCGAUACCCGCAUCGACAGUCUCGAGUUCUUGGAGAACAUCAGUCGGUGCGACUUGCGCAACCAUGUCACGAGCGUGUCUAUCGAAUUGCAGCAGGUGUUUGUGCAGCGUACUUUUAACGAGUGGAAAGCACAAAGCAGGGGCGAGUACUACCACGGAGGAUGGUUUUCACACGAGGAUAGAUGGUUCAGACCCGAUGCCUGUCCGACAGAUGGGAAGGCCAUGACAGACAUCUACUUACAAGACUAUGCAAAUGCGCCUUCCAAAGCAACAAAAUCCAUGCACAAACUCCGAUCACCAUUCUAUCGAGCGUAUGAAGCGGCUCGCAUCAAGGAGGAAGAAAUACUGCAAAUUGGCGAGCUUGCGUUUCAAUCGAGACUUGAAGCCGCAUUCAGUCAGUUCCCUCGGCUGAGUGAGCUCAGUUGCACUCGCGCCUCAGGCUCCAAAUAUCUAGUGGCGGACGCCAACCCCAAAAUUGCACGAUGCUUCGUGAAGCACUUCGCAGCCUAUGCAGGAGCUGCAGUCCGGGCAUUCCUCCAGCAUUCGUCGAGACCAGUCAAGCUGAACUUGCAUGGUAUAACUCUUCCAGGCCUCGGCGGCAGCUCUCAAACCGGUCCGAUGGCUCCGUGGCACGGGAUCAACCUGGCAUCGCUGGAGACCUUCGUCCUAAAGCUUUAUCAUAGGGACGGCUUCGUCAUGAACAAUCCAUUGGCGGAGUUAUCACGUUCAGUCUCGCCAAUUCUCAGAGGAGCCACAGCCAUAAAAGAAUUGACUCUCAACACGAAUGUUUGCCGGUACCAGCUGCCGUUACCGACGGGCAUCGAGACCAUGAACUUUGCUCGUCUUCAGUUGUUGGAUCUGCAAGGCUUCAAGUUCACACAAUCCCAGAUCGUCACCCUCUUGCGAGCUGUAUCUCCAACGUUGAGACGCCUCAAAAUGACGCGUGUUGAAGUCGUGGAUUCGGUCUGGCUCGAUGUAUUCUCAGCUCUACAUAGCUGUGGUUUGGGAUCUGUCGACAUCGAGUUUGGGAAGUUGCUAGAAGGCUCGGCGCGGAGAGGUCAUUACUGGCUCAUACGCGGCUGUGAUGAGUCUUGUCACCUGGGAUCUAAGUGCCUUUGGCAAAAAGUCUUACUCUGGAUCAAGGGUCAGAUGCCGGGGGUAAGGCCAGACGCCACGCGCACCCUUCAUUGUAUGAAGUACAUUUGA